AGAGCUAAUCGAGUCUCUUUUCUCCUCAUGCCUAUUUGAUCUUUCCUCAACAACCCUGAAAUUGUCUAGCGACAACGGCAAUCCCGCUAGUUUUGAUAUACCAAUUACAACUGCAAGUGUAAAAAGAGCAUUUUGCAGCUUUGAGUUAUAUUAAGAACAAGUUUCCAAGUCGAUUUGGCGGCUAGUUUGCUAAUACUUGUUUAGUAAGAUACAUUGAAAGAGGCUUAUAUAAUAGUGUAGACAACAAAUGUUUUUGCGCUUCUUUCACUAUAUGAAAUUCCUUCGUAGUUGUUUCUGAAAAGUAUGAUAGUAUAAUCGGUUAUUUUUUAUUUAUGAAUGAAUUAUUUGGAUAUAAUUAUUUUUUAUUAAAUAAUUCUUUUAUUAAAUACUUAUAUAUUUAAGUUAUGAAAAGAGGACAUGGGUGGUUUGAAAUGCUGCCUCCGCCAGUGAGACCACUUGAUCGAAGAGGUCGACCGUUUUCUCCAAGUUACGGUAACUUACAAGUCUCCAAGUUAAGUAUAAAAUAAAAGUUUUGAAACUGUUUUAUAAAAAUGAAAAGGUAUGUGAACGUUUUUUCAUAAUUACCCUUAUUUUUGUCCAAAGAAACAUCAUAGAUCAUCUAGGUAAAAACUUAUCUUCGUUGGAUGAAUCCUGUCACGCACUAUUGUCGUCUGCUUCGUCAUUGCAAUGCAAACUAGAAAAUAUAUUAGAGACUCUAAUAGGAAGUACCCCAAAUUUCAAAGAGAAACAUUUUCACUUUAUUAACUUCUUGUAGACAAUAGUCGGAAAGCACUUUAGCUGUACCCUGACGUCGAUCUCGUCAUAGGGGAGGAAGUAGGAAGAAACGGGAAGUGGGUUUGUUGGUUACUUGGUGAAAGGAAGCAUCUUUCGAGUAUUCUUGUUCAUCUCUGCAAAAAGCUCUUGCCUUGUCCCGCUUAACAUGCAGCAGAUACUCGGAUUAGGGUUUGUACUGUCUCUUUUUCUUCUUAACUUUGAAAGGAUCUGGGAAUUGGAGUGUUUUUUUGCCACUCGUUCUUUACUUGGUAGUGCACUGUUCUAGGAUUGCUGAAUCUGUCCUCUUCCGUUUGUCGGUUACUAAAUGCAUAAUGGGUUCUUGUUCUGGCGGGGCGAUGACUGAGUCCUGAAUUGUGAUCCCACUAUGGUUGCUUUGACAUUUAUAAGUUUCUUGUUUUCUCUGGUAUAACGGAUUUAACACCUCUUCUCGAUUCUGUAGCUGGAUUCUGGUUAUUGCAAUGAUUGUGCAGCAUUUGUGUAAGCUAUAAGAAGUUGUUACUUUAAGUUUCAAGUACUGGCCAGUCGGAAUCUGGUGUGGAGUUCUCCUAUCGACUUCGUAAGUUCUGUCAAAUGGUGUCGAGAAAAUGGCUCAUUCUUGUUGGCGCAGUCGUCAUUGCCCACUUGCUGUUUCUGUCCCUAUUUUUUCCAUAUGGGUACACCAUUCGGACUCUUCUACCCACAGCCCGUGAUCCCGUGUUUGAUGAAAGCAGGGUUUUCGGGAUUGGGCAAUCUGCCAUUAAGUCUGGAGUGGCUCGAAAUGCUUUAGCAGUUGAUGUAAGUGAGUUGAAGAUUGGUCUUGUUGUCCAAAAUGAGACUAAAUCUGAUAGUAUGGGUGAUAUUAGUCUUAGUGAAGUGAAAGGGCAUGGUGGAGAUACAGAGAACGGUUUAGCAUCGGAAGAAGAAAACUUGGAUGAUGAUACUGAUGAACUUGCUGUUGAUAGAGAUGUGGCUGAUGAUGAUGAUGAUGGCGACGACGACGUUGAUGUUCGGUUGGAGAAUGUAGUGGAUGGAAAUGAGGUUACUCAAGAAAAAGAUUCUGUUUUGGAGUUGCCCAGUGAAGCCAAAAAGGAGCUUCCUUCUGUGCAAAAUGUGACUAGCAAGAACAGUGAGUCCCCUCUAGUUUUGUCUCGAGCUGUAGCUCCAACAACAAGUGCUAACCCUUUGAAAGAAAAAGUUGUUUUUACCACUUCAAGGAAUUAUUCUGCUGGAGUUAGUAACCCUGUGAAGAAGAAGAUUAGGGCUGAGAUGCCACCAAUGUCAAUUACAACAAUUGAUGAGAUGAACCGUUUGUUGGCAAGAAAUCGCCGCUCUUCACGGGCAAUGAGACCGAGAUGGUCCUCUAAACGAGAUCGGGAGAUUUUGGCUGCAAGGUGGCAGAUUGAAAAUGCACCUGCUGUGGUGAAUGAUCGAGAUCUUUAUGCUCCACUCUUCAGAAAUGUGUCACAGUUCAAAAGGAGUUAUGAGCUCAUGGAACGCACACUCAAAGUCUAUAUAUACAAGGAUGGAAAGAAACCCAUCUUUCAUCUACCAAUAAUGAAGGGAUUGUAUGCUUCAGAGGGAUGGUUUAUGAAACUAAUGCAGGGAAGCAAGCAAUUUGUCGUGAAGGACCCCCGAAAGGCUCACCUGUUCUAUAUGCCAUUUAGUUCCCGAAUGCUGGAAUACACUCUCUACGUACGGAACUCUCAUAAUAGGACAAAUCUACGCCAGCAUCUGAAGGAAUACGCAGAAAAGAUUGCAGCUAAAUAUCCUUUCUGGAAUCGCACUGGUGGAGCAGACCAUUUUCUUGUUGCCUGCCAUGAUUGGGCUCCAUACGAGACAAGGCAUCAUAUGGAACAUUGUAUUAAAGCCCUCUGCAAUGCUGAUGUGACCGUAGGCUUCAAAUUAGGGAGGGAUGUAUCUCUUCCAGAGACAUACGUCAGAUCAGCAAGAAAUCCUCUCCGUGACCUGGGAGGGAAACCUCCUUCUCAAAGGGACAUUCUUGCGUUCUAUGCCGGAGGCAUGCAUGGAUACCUUCGUCCAAUUCUAGUCAAGCAGUGGAAAGACAAGGACCCUGACAUGAAGAUCUUUGGUCCUAUGCCUGCUGGUGUUGCAAGCAAAAUGAACUACAUCCAGCACAUGAAGAGGAGCAAGUACUGCAUCUGCCCCAAGGGCUACGAGGUUAACAGCCCGCGAGUCGUGGAAUCCAUCUUCUAUGAAUGUGUGCCGGUUAUCAUAUCAGACAAUUUCAUUCCACCGCUUUUCGAGGUCUUCAAUUGGAACUCCUUCUCGAUUAUACUCCCGGAGAAGGACAUUCCUAAUCUGAAGGAGAUUUUGGUUUCGAUACCAGCAAAGCGAUACGUGGAGCUGCAGCUCGGGGUCAGGAAGGUUCAAAGGCAUUUCCUUUGGCAUGGUAAGCCUUUGAAAUAUGAUCUCUUUCACAUGACCCUUCAUUCGAUCUGGUACAACCGCGUCUAUCAGAUAAAACCACGAUGAUGGAAGUGAAGCAUCUCAAACUCUCUUGGUUCCCAAAUAAGUUUCUGCACAAGAGUUUAUGGUUCGGUAUCCAUAUGAAUGAAUUCGUUUCUGUGUACAUAGCUAUAUAGAAAUUUUGUUUUGUAGCCUCCCUAUUGAUUUUGAUUCUGUAAACAUCCAAAUGGAGUGUUGAGCUUGAGCAUAGUGUUCGUUGUAUUGAUAAGGUUGAAUGAAUGCAGAAGUUGCUGUUCUUCUUCUUUGUCCAAAUUCUAACUACUUUUCCUUCAUCAGCCACUUAUAAAGAUAGUUUUUUGAGUUAGAAAAUGUUACUGGCGUAAUGGAACAAAGGAGAACUCAGGAGCCUUCAACUGGAAGUCGUGGCAGAGCCGCCAUUUUCCUUAUAAUGAUGGUGGCUUGCAAGUUUGGCAAAGCGGUUCGUUUCCUUUUGCAGAGCUCUGAGUUUGCAUUGGCCAACUGAAGCAGCCUCGGUUGAUGAGAAACGAUUCGAAACUUGAAGUGAACGACUACUUCGAUGAAAAGAUCAUCAAUAUUCUAAUGUGGGAUUGCCUAUGACACUUUUCCUUCUGAUCGAGUUCCAGUUUCUGUCCACGACCCCCAUGGUUGGAACCCCAUUACGCCACGUGUCCAUGAUCUGUCACCCAAAACAUAAAAAAAAUUCUCUGACGCUCAACAGAGUAUGAGAAGAAAAGAAUGAACCUAAAUGAAAAUAGGGAUGGCAAUGCGUCGGCAUAUUCGUAAUCUUAUUUAUAGUAGUUCGGGUUUAACUCAUACCCACUGACCCACAUGUGAAAUAGAUAGAAAAUUAAAAGCAUGUUUAUACCCGUUCGGGUUUCGGGUAUCGACGGUUAUCCAUGGGUAAUAAUUUUUCUUCAUAACUCCAACCAAUAUGUUAACAUUCACACGUUUUCUCAGAUUACGUAAGAAGAAAAGUACGACAAUAAUUCAGUAGAAUGAAAAAAAUUAAUUAAAAAUACACAAUUUCAUGAAAAUGUUAUAUUUAUAUGCAAAAUAUAAAAUAUGUUAGAGAAAAAUAAUGAUUAUUUCUAGACAAAAUACAUAUGCAUGUGUAUAAUCGGUCGGGUUCAGGUUGUAUAGUGAGAAACCCAUGCCACCCAUUACCCGCAAUAUUCGGGUUCAGAUUUUACCCGUACCCACUAAAUGUCCUUCGAGUUCGAGUUUUACCCUACCCGAUUUGGCCGGAUUCGGACGGAUAUUCACGGUCACGGAUAUUUUUGCUAUCCUAAAUGAAAUGCAAGAGGUUUAUGUAAUUCUCGGGAAAUAUUAUUGACCCAUAUUAGGAUUCUAAAGCAUAUGUUUUUUUUUUACUUAAUUGUGUUGUUUUCGAUUUGGAUACGUUAAAUACAGACCAACACUAUUCUCUUUACUUGUUUAUUUUAUAAAUGAAUGCCGACUUUCGAU